UGAAAUGUUGAGCUCCUCACACAGCCUCAUCCAAAUGUCUCAACAACCAGUGAUGACUGCAUGAUCUUGGAGGUCUUCUCCAACCCGCUAUGAUUCUAAAAUACUCAGCGUCACAGCAUGGGACAGCGUGCCCAGAGAUGUGGCUGUCACAUCCCUGGUGACAUUCAAGGUCAGGUUGGACCAGGCUCUGAGCAAUCUGAUCUAGCUGUAGAUGUCCCUGGUUACCUGCAGGGAAGAUGGUUUACAAGACCUUUAAGGGUCCCAUCCAACUCAAACGAUUCUGUGAUUCUACACACAUGGGACCUCAAUGAUUCCAUUUGCCAAGGCAGAUGAAGAGACCCAUACCUCCUCAGAAGAUAACAGCAGAAGACAAGAGAAAUGCAGGAUAUUCUAACUUGAAUUUCAAAUUUUCUAAACUUGUGAUCAACUAAAAUGAUAAAAUUAUUGUAUUCACCAGGAAUGCAAUUCAACACCCAAGGAGGGAUCGGGAAGGUUGAAGGAUGUCCAUCGUUGCAGACAGACAGAAGUGUCACUUAACAAGGCGUUCAGAAAACUCUGGCAAAACUACCCUUAGUACCAGAUUGCAAUAAAAACUCUCAGGAAAGAGUUCUUCCACAAUGAAACACUGCAAAAAUUUCAAAACAUGAAAAGCUGCUCUGAUUCAUUAAAAACACAGAAAUAGAGAGACAGAGAAGUUCCAAUACUAUAAGACAACUACAAAGCAAACAUUCAAUUCACACCGCAAGAAAACAAAACUGAGAACAUGAAAUUGUUCACAACAAAACUGCUCUUCUCAUCCCCCAUUCAACACAGCACAGAAAGUCAACUGUCAUGAAAUUUGCAUGGUUCUACAGCUUUCAAGGUACCAGAGCUCAGAGAAGAUUUCCAUUCAGAUAUCUUUAGAGUUAAAAGAAAGGGAAGAGUAAAUACAAAGAGAUCUCCAUCAGUCAAAAUACUGAAAACCAAACAAAAAAGUCAACUUGUUGAAUGACAGGUUGCAUAGGAGAGCUCUGAAUUGAUGAAAAAUGUAUCAAACCAAAGUAGUCUAAAAUGUAAUAAGAAAUGAUGCAUUAAUAUAGAAUCAUGACAAAAAACUGAAUACACAAAACUUGCAAACAAUGUUAUUACGUAACAUCAAAAAAGACACUUGAGCAGGACUGGAAAUCUCAGUGGAAGAAGAAAAACACCAGAACUUUCAGAGGAAGUAAAAAAGUAAAGGACACAUCCACAGCACAGACGCAAUACAAGCCGAUAACACAGCACCAACCCCACAAACACACUUCCUUGCAAACCACAUGAAACCAACAGCCAAAAGUGAAAGCCACAGACGGAAACUCUAAGCAAGAGGAAAGCGAGGAAGGGAAAGAUGACACACCACAUAAAGCCGGCACCGCGGCAGCACACAGACCACUGCCACCACCCAGCCCCACCAGGCUCCUGCCCACCACAACCAGAGUCCCACCAUGGCUGUGCCUGCAAGCCCACAGCACCCACGGGGCUACAGCAUCCUGCUGCUCACGCUCCUUAUGAAAGCUCUCGCCGCCGCUGCUGCCGCCACCGCCUGCAACCACCUUCGCCCCCAGGAUGCCACCUUCUCUCGUGACAGCCUCCAGCUCCUCCGGGACAUGGCUCCCAGCCCACCCCAGCCGUGCCCACAGCACAGCGCGCCAUGCUCCUUCAACGACACCAUCCUGGACACCAGCAACGCCCGGCAAGCCGACAGAACCACCCACGACAUCCUCCAGCACCUCUUCAAAAUACUCAGCGGACCCAGCACUCCAGCCCACUGGGUCGACAGCCAACGCCAAAGCCUCCUCAACCAGAUCCAGCAGUACACCCAGCACCUCGAGCAGUGCUUGGCAGGCAGCGACACGCGCUCCCGCACACGAUGGCCUCGCAACCUUCACCUCACCAUCAACAAACACUUCAGCUGCCUCCACACCUUCCUCCACAACAACGAUUACAGCGCCUGCGCCUGGGACCACGUCUGCCUACGAGCUCGCACCUGGUUCCUGCACAUCCACGACCUCGUGGGCAACACGCGCACCUAGCCCCAAGCGCACCUCCCACCCUCUUCCUAGUUACCUAUUUAUUCAACUAUUUAUGCAAUUAUUUCUCUAUUUAUUUAUCUUAAUAGCAGACUAAAGUUCACUUCUUGUAAAAAAAAAUUAUUAAAAUAAUGCUUUUAGCAUCUUCUUUUGCUCAACCACAAGUACUUUUUAGGAGCAACCUACAUAAGGCCAUUUUACUAAUAAUCAGCAGCCAAAAGUGAAAACUACAAACAAAUAGUCAGUUCAAGCCUCGUCACACACUACCUAUACCCCACGCCUUUACCGCAACACCUGUUGUCUGACACAGCCAUACACCAACAGCAGCUCCACUAACAUGAGCAUACCUCAACUCUCCCCUUUACUCACCAUACAGAGACACUGCUAAUAGCUACCAAAAACCCUUUGGCCAUGGCUACUCAUCACAUUCUUAUUUAACUGAAUCUAUUUGUUUGCAUCAUAUUUUUCAUCUGUUCAGUAUUUAUAGGACAGAAAUUAAAAACCUUUUUUAAAGACAUUUGUCAGUAGUUUUGCUAUCAGAAUCAAUAAAGCAUCACAGGAGGGAAUAAA